AUGGGUGAACCAGUGUCUGAAAUGUGUGAUCAUCUCAUCAAAGCUGUUAACGUGAUGAUGGACGCGGAAUCUAGCCAAAUAUAUCGUCUGGAGGCCCUAAAGGUAUCUUGAAGGCUAGAUGCUAGUUAGCUAAUGUUAGCUGGUAAGGGGCCAGCUAGCUAGCUAGCUUUCCCAGUUGCGAUGUGGUUACUUGACUGAGAAUGGGCUGUGUUUAUAUAAAUACAUAGCUAGCUAACUAUAACUUAGCAUUAUAGACGUCGAUCGUGGCAUUUUCCCACGUCUAUUGCAUGGAUUAAUCAAUGGGCGUAGCUUGCUAGCCAUUUAACCAGCUAGCUAGAUAGCUAACGUCAGAAGGCUAACAUACCAUUCCCAUCACGUUGCCAGCUGCGGAUUUCAUUCAUUGCACACCGGUAGCAACCUACAUUUACAUUUUAGUCAUUUAGCAGACGCUCUUAUCCAGAGCGAUAGUUGUGCAGAACCAGUACUGCUGCUGAUGCACACAAACUGAAUGCAAGAUCACUUAUGCCAAAAAUGUAGCCUAGUUAUAUUGAUUGCGUUGAAUAAACUGAGUUAUUCAUUGUUUUGAGAGCGUCUUGCUACUGUAGUUAAUAAGUAGCAGCUGGCAAUCUUUGACUCCUAAGUCACUUAUUUGUAAAGCUCCAUAAAUUACAUUGAUAACUAUGACGGAUAUCAUUGCAAGUUCACCGUUCUGAUGUUUCAAACGUCAUUGAUGUGAAUGAGUUUGUUCUAGCUGGCUACCGCUAGGUAACUGAGUGAGUGCAUAUUAUUAACUUGUCCAUCGUAUCUCAUUUUUUCUAUUCAGUUUUGUGAAGAAUUCAAAGAGAAGUGUCCCUUCUGUGUUCCAUGUGGGCUACAGUUAGCAGAUAAAGCCCAAACAGCAGUGGUGAGGCACUUUGGUCUACAGAUACUGGAGCAUGUCAUCAAGUGAGUUCAUGAGGCAUUAUAUGAUUAAUUCAGUUCUCCUCAUUUACAUUUAAGUCAUUUAGCAGACACUCUUAUCCAGAGCGACUUACAGGAGUGCCUUGCUCAAGGGCACAUCAGCAGAUUUUCCCUAGUUGGUUCGGGGAUUCGAACCAGCGACCUUUCGGUUACUGGCCCAACGCUCUUAACCACUAGACUACCUGCCACCCCAUCAUUGUCAUCAAGACUGGACACAUAUUACCAAUAUGUUCCCCAAAACCUUGUUUUUCUUCAUGUUGAGAAUAGGUUCAGAUGGAACAACAUGCCACAGCAGGAGAAAGUCCAGCUGAAGAACUGUGCCAUGGGGCUGUUGUCAACUGUAAGUCUGUCUGGGUGAUAAACACCCUGUUAGUGUGUCUAUUCUUCUAGAAAAGGUAUGUGGCAGACAAGAUGAUGAAGGGAAUUAAUGGUGGUCUGUCCUCCGAAAUAACAAAUAUAGUACAAAAAAAUAAACCAACAAAUUCCGCAUUGUUGCGUGAUCUGUUAGAUGUACAUGUUUGAAUAUACUGACACUAGUCUGUUCCCUGACUGGCUCACUGCCUCCCUCUGCAGGGCACCUAUCCUAUCCUGGAGGAGGAGAGCCACAUCAAGGACGUUCUCGCACGGAUCAUAGUGGAGAUGAUCAAGAGAGAAUGGCCUCAGCACUGGCCUGACAUGCUCAAGGAGAUGGAGGCACUCACCAGCAUAGGGGUGAGUCAGCACUUUCCAUUUCAGUGUUUCCCCUAGGUUCUGUUGGCAGGGUGCCAACUGCCAAGGCCCCCCCGGAGCAACUUUCAGGGCUCAAAACAUCAAUGGAUUCAAUUGCAGAGUACAUUACAGGAUACAAAUAAAGUUUUGUUGCGAUCAGAAUAAUGACAACUCCCUCCCCACCCCCAGGAGGCCCAGACAGAGCUGGUGAUGUUGAUCCUGCUGCGGCUGGCAGAGGACGUGAUCACCUUCCAGACCCUGCCCACCCAACGCCGUAGGGACAUCCAGCAGACCCUCACCCAGAACAUGGAGAGCAUCUUUAGCUUCCUGCUCACCAUCCUGCAGCUCCACGUCGACGAGUACCGCAAACUGGUAAACAGAAAAUGGUUACAUCUGUCUGUCUCAUGCUGUAGAUUUUUUUGCGGCAGUGUUUUUGACCUCUUUUAUUGAUAUGAUUUUCGACCUUUUUGUAUCUCUUCCAGAAAAAAAUACCAGGCCAAGAAUUGCAGGUAGGAAAUAGUUUUUUAUGUAAUACAAUAUAUUCACUUUCAAAUAUAUUAUAUUCACAUUUAGACACCCAGCUAAAAAGACUUCUCUGUUCUGUUUUCUGCCCCUCAACCCGCUCUCUCUCAUCUCUCCCCACCCUUCUCCUUCCUUCCUCUUCCCUCCUUCUACUUCCUGCCCCCUCUCCCCCCGGUCAGGCCAAGGCCCACUGUCGUGUAGGCGUGGCUGCGCUGAACACCCUGGCAGGCUACAUAGACUGGGUGGCCCUGGCCCACCUCACCAACGACAACUGUCGCCUGCUGGAGAUAUUGUGUCUGCUGCUCAGUGAGACCGAGCUGCAGCUGGAGGCUGCUGAGUGCCUGCUCAUCGCCAUCAGCCGCAAGGUUACUACACAGUACUAGACACUCCCCUUACUGCAGACAGGCUCUGUAGGACCUGACAUGCCCCUUUAUGUCCAGACACUCACCCUUUCUACAGGCACGCCCCUUUCUAGGACAGGACCAGAUAUUUUUCGAAGACAUUAUUGAAAUGGAAGUCUACAGCUACUGAAUGGCUAGUACAAGUCAGGUACGUCACAGGGCUGUGUCAUCUUAAUGUGCCUGGUGUCUCCACAGGGCAAGCUGGAGGACAGGAAACCACUGAUGGUGCUGUUUGAUGAUGUCGCCAUGCACUACAUCCUGUCUGCAGCACAGUGAGUACCAGUCCCCUCACCACCCAUAAGACCUUACACAGAAGCAUUACUAGCUCAUUCUGGCUUCUAAUUCUCAUUGGUUUGUGGUUGCAGGUCUGCAGAUGGAGCAGCAACAUGCAACAAAUCCUCUCCAACACAGUGAGUAGCCUACACAUUUUGGUGUGCCUACCCAGCGGUCUUAUGUAUUUUGCUCUAGAACAGGGUUGAUAUUUAGCAUUAGCAUUGGAGCUCAUACGGCCUGUUCUUUUUUAUUUCUGUGAAGUGUGCUGUGAUGUUUAAAAAUUCACUUUUAAAUAAAGUUUGCUUUGAUUUCCCCCCAGGCCAGUGGCGGGGUUGGUGGAGAGACACUACACCUUCCUGAAGAGGCUAUGUCAGGUCCUGUGUUCCCUGGGCAGCCAACUAUGCUUCUUAGUGGUGAGUCUGGCUGCACUGUCUUUGAUUACAAUAAUCUAUUAACUAUAUUGUUUUAUGUAUUUAUUUAUUUAUUUAUUUAUUUAUAGUACACAUGGGCGUCUUGAUGAUUCUGUCCUAUGUGUUUCUAAUGCAGGGUUCAGAUGUGGAGGUAGAGGUACCUGCAAAUCUCAGCAAGUAUACAGAAGCAUUCCUGGCCUUCACCACUCACCCAAGCCAGGUGAGUUACCUGCUGUUACAGUAAAGUACCAGCCAGGUGGGUUACCAACUCUUUACAGUAAAGUACCAGCCAGGUGGGUUACCAACUCUUUACAGUAAAGUACCAGCCAGGUGGGUUACCAACUCUUUACAGUAAAGUACCAGCCAGGUGAGUUACCUGCUGUCACAGUAAAGUACCAGCCAGGUGAGUUACCUGCUGUCACAGUAAAGUACCAGCCAGGUGGGUUACCAACUCUUUACAGUAAAGUACCAGCCAGGUGGGUUACCAACUCUUUACAGUAAAGUACCAGCCAGGUGGGUUACCAACUCUUUACAGUAAAGUACCAGCCAGGUGGGUUACCAACUGUUACAGUAAGGUACCAGCCAGGUGGGUUACCAACUCUUUACAGUAAAGUACCAGCCAGGUGGGUUACCAACUCUUUACAGUAAAGUACCAGCCAGGUGGGUUACCAACUCUUUACAGUAAAGUACCAGCCAGGUGGGUUACCAACUCUUUACAGUAAAGUACCAGCCAGGUGGGUUACCAACUGUUACAGUAAAGUACCAGCCAGGUGGGUUACCAACUGUUACAGUAAAGUACCAGCCAGGUGGGUUACCAACUCUUUACAGUAAAGUACCAGCCAGGGGGGUUACCAACUGUCACAGUAAAGUACCAGCCAGGUGGGUUACCAACUGUUACAGUAAAGUACCAGCCAGGUGGGUUACCAACUGUUACAGUAAAGUACCAGCCAGGUGGGUUACCAACUGUUACAGUAAAGUACCAGCCAGGUGGGUUACCAACUCUUUACAGUAAAGUACCAGCCAGGUGGGUUACCAACUGUUACAGUAAAAUACCAGCCAGGUGGGUUACCAACUCUUUACAGUAAAGUACCAGCCAGGUGGGUUACCAACUCUUUAAAGUAAAGUACCAGCCAGGUGGGUUACCAACUGUUACAGUAAAGUACCAGCCAGGUGGGUUACCAACUCUUUACAGUAAAGUACCAGCCAGGUGGGUUACCAACUGUCACAGUAAAGUACCAGCCAGGUGAGUUACCAACUCUUUACAGUAAAGAACCAGCCAGGUGAGUUACCAACUGUUACAGUAAAGUACCAGGCAGGUGGGUUACCAACUCUUUACAGUAAAGUACCAGCCAGGUGGGUUACCAACUGUCACAGUAAAGUACCAGCCAGGUGGGUUACCAACUCUUUACAGUAAAGUACCAGCCAGGUGGGUUACUGACUCUUUACAGUAAAGUACCAGCCAGGUGGGUUACCAACUCUUUACAGUAAAGUACCAGCCAGGUGGGUUACCAACUGUUACAGUAAAGUACCAGCCAGGUGGGUUACCAACUCUUUACAGUAAAGUACCAGCCAGGUGGGUUACCAACUGUUACAGUAAAAUACCAGCCAGGUGGGUUACCAACUGUUACAGUAAAGUACCAGCCAGGUGGGUUACCAACUGUCACAGUAAAGUACCAGCCAGGUGGGUUACCAACUGUUACAGUAAAGUACCAGCCAGGUGGGUUACCAACUCUUUACAGUAAAGUACCAGCCAGGUGGGUUACCAAAUCUUUACAGUAAAGUACCAGCCAGGUGGGUUACCAACUCUUUACAGUAAAGUACCAGCCAGGUGGGUUACCAACUGUUACAGUAAAGUACCAGCCAGGUGGGUUACCAACUCUUUACAGUAAAGUACCAGCCAGGUGGGUUACCAACUGUUACAGUAAAGUACCAGCCAGGUGGGUUACCAACUCUUUACAGUAAAGUACCAGCCACAGCCUCUCGAUACAAAUCCCAUGCAGCUAGCUAAUACUAUUGUUUAUCCAUAUCCCCCUUUGUCGAUUCUGGGCGUCGAGCACUGAACGUUGACACAGGUUUAUUCUUUCAUUUUUCAAUCUGUUCUGAUUAUCUAUUCUACUCUGAACUGAAGUAUUUUUGUGUCAUUCCCCACCAGUUCCUAAGGUCUUCCACCCAGAUCAUGUGGGGAACCCUGUUCAGACAUGAGAUUCUCUCCAAGGAUCCUGUCAUCAUCCAGAUGAUAAUCAAGUACUUUAGAGCCACCAUGACCAACCUAGUCAAGGUGAGACAGGCUACAACACACACUGCCGAUUUUGCAGGUUUUCCUACUUACAAAGCAUGUAGAGGUCUGUCAUUUUUAUCAUAGGUACACUUCAACUGUGAGAGACUGAAUCUAGAAAAUCCAGAAAAUCACAUUUGUAUGAUUUUUAAGUAAUUAAUUUGCAUUUUAUUGCAUGACAUAAGUAUUUGAUCACCUACCAACCAGUAAGAAUUCCGGCUCUCACAGACCUGUUAGUUUUUCUUUAAGAAGCCCUCCUGUUCUCCACUCAUUACCUGUAUUAACUGCACCUGUUUGAACUCGUUACCUGUAUAAAAGACACCUGUCCACACACUCAAUCAAACAGACUCCAACCUCUCCACAAUGGCCAAGACCAGAGAGCUGUGUAAAGACAUCAGGGAUAAAAUUGUAGACCUGCACAAGGCUGGGAUGGGCUACAGGACAAUAGGCAAGCAGCUUGGUGAGAAGGCAACAACUGUUGGCACAAUUAUUUGAAAAUGGAAGAAGUUCAAGAUGACGGUCAAUCACCCUCGGUCUGGGGCUCCAUGCAAGAUCUCACCUCGUGGGGCAUCAAUGAUCAUGAGGAAGGUGAGGGAUCAGCCCAGAACUACACGGCAGGACCUGGUCAAUGACCUAAAGAGAGCUGGGACCACAGUCUCAAAGAAAAGCAUUAGUAACACACUACGCCGUCAUGGAUUAAAAUCCUGCAGCGCACACAAGGUCCCCCUGCUCAAGCCAGCGCAUGUCCAGGCCCGUCUGAAGUUUGCCAGUGACCAUCUGGAUGAUCCAGAGGAGGAAUGGGAGAAGGUCAUGUGGUCUGAUGAGACAAAAAUAGAGCUUUUUGGUCUAAACUCCACUCGCCGUGUUUGGAGGAAGAAGAAGGAUGAGUACAACCCCAAGAACACCAUCCCAACCGUGAAGCAUGGAGGUGGUAACAUCAUUCUUUGGGGAUGCUUUUCUGCAAAGGGGACAGGACGACUGCCACGUAUUGAGGGGAGGAUGGAUGGGGCCAUGUAUUGCGAGAUCUUGGCCAACAACCUCCUUCCCUCAGUAAGAGCAUUGAAGAUGGGUCGUGGCUGGGUCUUCCAGCAUGACAACGACCCGAAACAUACAGCCAGGGCAACUAAGGAGUGGCUCCGUAAGAAGCAUCUCAAGGUCCUGGAGUGGCCUAGCCAGUCUCCAGACCUGAACCCAAUAGAAAAUCUUUGGAGGGAGCUGAAAGUCCAUAUUGCCCAGCGACAGCCCCGAAACCUGAAGGAUCUGGAGAAGGUCUGUAUGGAGGAGUGGGCCAAAAUCCCUGCUGCAGUGUGUGCAAACGUGGUCAAGACCUACAGGAAACGUAUGAUCUCUGUAAUUGCAAACAAAGGUUUCUGUACCAAAUAUUAAGUUCUGCUUUUCUGAUGUAUCAAAUACUUAUGUCAUGCAAUAAAAUGCAAAUUAGUUACUUAAAAUCAUACAAUGUGAUUUUCUGGAUUUUUGUUUUAGAUUCCGUCUCUCACAGUUGAAGUGUACCUAUGAUAAAAAUGACAGACCUCUACAUGCUUUGUAAGUAGGAAAACCUGCAAAAUCGGCGGUGUAUCAAAUACUUGUUCUCCCCACUGUAUGUGCAUCCAAGACUUUGUGCAGGUGCACAUUAAAGUAUCAAAAUGUUCAUUAGAACAAAUGAGCAACUAUAGGACUCUCAUUGAGUUACACACAAAGGGACAAAUUAUAAAUAUAAAUACUGACAACUACACCAGAAGGUUGAGCUUCUCCACCAUUGAUACUGUUUGUCUCUACAUGCUAUUACAUUUACGUCAUUUAGCAGACGCUCUUAUCCAGAGCGACUUACAAAUUGGUGCAUUCACCUUAUGAUAGCCAGUGGGACAACCACUUUACAAUUUUGAUUAAUUUUUUUCUUUCGGGUGGGGUAAGGGUGGGCUGGAGAUGACAAGUGCCUGGAUUAGGACCUGUGCCGCUUCCUGUGUAAGGCAGGGUCGUAUUCUGCCAAUGUUGUAGAGCAUGAACCUACAGGAUGGGGUCACCGAUCUGCUAUGACAAGGUUCUUUAAUUCUAUGACGUUAUGUUCUUGUGUUCUGCCUGUUAGACUGGUUUUCCUUCCAGGAACGACAGUCCCAGCUGUGAGUACUCCCGUCAUGACUUCGACAGUGACGAAGACUUCAACUCCUUCUUCAACUGUAAGCAAUGUGACUCCUAUUUUAUUUGAAUAAUUUGGAUUUAUGCUAUCUUAAUAUAUAAUCUAAUUUAUUUAUUUGCUAUCAAAGAAUGUUCUCCCCAGUUUGUUCCUACUGAUCACGACCCUGAUGCUUGUGUUCUAAUGUGUUCCAGCGUUCCGAGCGCAGCAGGGGGAGGCGGUCCGGAACGCGUGUCGUAUCGUUCCCUUGGAGGGCUUCCAGAUUGCAGCAGAGUGGCUGCAGUAUCAGAUCAGUACACCCAUUGACAUCGGGACCACUGUGUGUACGUGCUGCUUCUUGACUGUGGCUCAUACUGAAGAUCUGGGAAUGGGGGGGGUCUCGUGUGUGUGUGAUGGUAAAUGUGUCUUGGAGGAGUCCCUGAGGGAUUAACACACUGCCAGCCAGCCACAGCAGUCAGACUGCCACAAGAGUAGCUGUAGGGUUAAUAACUGGAGAGGUUCUGGGACUAUGACCAUUAGUAAGUUUCUAGGUCAUCUGAGCUGACUGCUCAAAUCAAGAGUUAACCUGUAUCAAGAGGAAGUAGAGAGUUGAGGUUCUUAUAAAGGAAAUGCUUCUUUAUAUGUAUGAGAUGAAUUCUCACUCUUGCUCACUCGUAACACACACAUUUAGAUGAAUUCUCGUAACAACUCUCUGAAAGGGCGCCAAGUGACAGACAAUUGUAGGUCAAGUGAUACUGGUGGUGCCUGUUAAUUAAUGAAUUAAUUCGCAUUAUUAACUCUGUCUUUAUUUCUCCCCUUCUCGCUCUCUCUCUCUCUCUCUCCUAUCCAGCUAAGAUGGCUGAGGGGCUGUGCUCUAUCCUGUCUCCGUCAGCGGUCCAGUGGGAUGCUAUGACCUUCUUCACAGAGAGUGUUGUGGGACAGAUGUUCAAGAACGUAGAGGUUGAGGUAAGAGGAAGCAAAACAGGCCAAAUGCUAAUGGAUACCCACAGCAGAGAGAUGAGGAGAGUUAGAGGGGUAGAGAGGAUGAAACAGUAUCUAAAGACUGGCUAAGUGUGAACGCUGCCAGUCGGGUGCCCUAGAUGGCAACAAUGCAACAGCUACAACUAGGUACAACUUGUUGAAAGACAAAACCAUUGAUUCAUACUUUUUUUUCCCAUGGCUGAAGAACAUAAACAAGUGUUAUGAAUGUGAUGAUGAUGAUGCAACCCUAACUCUGGUGUCCCCUCUGCCCUUUCUGUAGAAGUUGCCAGUAGACCAGGGCAUUGAGCUGCUGCAGGCUGUGUUAAACUACAACACCCAAGACCCUCUCAUCCUGUCCUGUGUCCUCACCAACCUCUCCUCCCUCUUCCCCUUCGUCACACACCGACCUCACUUCCUGCCUCAGGUCCUCUACAAGGUGAACACACACACACACCAAUCUAUAAUCUCGCAAAGUCUUUAUGUGGAUCGUGUUAAACUGUUGUUGUUUUCCUUCCCAGCUGUUUGCCUCCAUCACAUUUGAGGUGGUAGAGGAGAGCAAGGUGAGCUGUCUUAAAUAUUCUUAGGAGGGACGACGGAUGUCUUCUUUGGGAUUAUAUCAAAGUGAUGGCUGUGAGGCCAAGUAGUCCGUCCAAUCAUCAAUCUGAUCUGUGAUGUCAUUUUCAGGCGCCACGGACGCGUGCAGUGAAGAAUGUCAGAAGACACGCAUGCUCCUCCAUCAUCAAAAUGUCUCGAGACUACCCAUGGUUCAUUCUGGUAUGUGUCUGCGGUCAAGUUCCUCCCACUCCUAGAAGAGGCUCACCCAGCGCUGUGCAGUGAAAAGGAACAGAUGCUUUAAGUAGAUACUGAUGAAACACAGUUGACUAUUACUUAAAUCUAUUGCAUCUUACAAGUGUGUAUGGGGGGAUGGAUGUGUCUGUGUGUUUCAUAAUGUACAUCUCUCUCUCUCUCUCUCUCUCUCUAUGCAGCCAUGUUUUGACAUACUGUAUAAUCAGGUGAAGAAGCUGUUCUCCAACGAGGCCCUGUUGACCCAGAUGGAGAAGUGUGCUCUGAUAGAGGCCCUGGUUCUCAUCAGUAACCAGUUCAAAGACUACACCAAGCAGAAGGCCUUCCUGGAGGAGCUCAUGGCCACCGUGUCCGCUCGCUGGACCUCCGACGAGAUGAGGCAGUAUGUACACACACGCACACUGUAUACACACACGCAAUGCAGACACACGUGCGCGUACCGGAGUUAAGAAUGUACGCUCACUCCACAGCUAGCUUGAAAUGUCACGGAUGGAGCCAUCCAAUUGGUACCUGUUAGAACGUUGUCAAGGAGUGCGGUCACGUGUGUUAGUGGAGCAGAGGUCCCGAGUUCCAGCCAGGUAUGAGCCGACUCGGGGGAAUUCGCUAAGCAAGCAACGUGAUGUCCGUAACACGCCUAAACGACAUGCGUACAUACACACACUAAACCGCACACACACACACAAUAUAUAAUAUAAAUGGUUGUUCUCUCUCUGUGUGUAUCAGUGUGCUGUGGGAUCCUGCUCUGUUCCUGGCCUUCGUUGGUGCUGAUCAGCUGGUGGCUGAAGGCACAGACCACACAACAGGCAUCAACAGGUCACGGGUAGGUAGGUGUGUGUGUUGUGUUCGCAUGCAUGUGUUCAUGGCUAAGUGCUAUAACGUUCUAUGUGAUAUCAGGCUUGCCAGUUCUACCAAUUCUGCCAAAACAUCAACUAAAAGUGUCCUAUUCCUUGUUUGUCUCUCCCCCACCCUGCCCUCCUUCCCUCCAGUUGAGUUUCUGUGUGUACACCAUCCUGGGGGUGGUGAAGAGGGCCCGCUGGCCGGCUGACCUGGAGGAGGCUAAGGCGGGGGGCUUCGUGGUGGGCUACACCCCUACUGGAGCCCCAAUCUACAGAAAUCCCUGCACCUCCCAGGUCCUGGCCAUGCUGCCCAACCUGCUCGCCCUCAUCAGGUUAGGGGAUGUGUAGAGGGGGUGUUGGAGAGAGACAGUGUGUAUUUGUGAAGAUAAGUGUUUAUGAUCAUGUUUGUGAUGGUAAUCAAUCAACUGUAUUUAUAAAGCCCUUUUUACAUCAUCAGAUGUCACAAAGUGCUUAUACAGAAACCCAGCCUAAAACUCCAAACAGCAAGCAAUGCAGAUGUAGAAGCACCGUGGCUAGGAAAAACUCCCUAGAAACCUAGAGGAACCAGGCUCUGAGGGGUGGCCAAUCCUUUUCUGGCUGUGUCGGGUGGAAAUUAUAAGAGUACAUGGCCGUUUAAGGGGGGGGCGCAAAACUGGACAGGAAGAUCACAUCAGUGACUCAACCCACUCAAGUCGAGUAUAGCAGGGGAAAAAGCCUGGCACGACGUGACGCACCCCUCCUAGGGACGGCAUGGAAGAGCACUAGUAAGCCAGUGACUCAGCUCCCGUAAUAGGGUCAGAGGCAGAGAAUCCCAGUGGAGAGAGGGGAGCCGGCCAGGUAGAGACAGCAAGGGUGGUUUGUCACUCUAGUGCCUUGCCGUUCACCUUCACACCCCUGGGCCAGACUACACUCAAUCAUAGGACCUACUGAAGAGAUGAGUCUUCAGUAAUGACUUAAAGGUCGAGACCGAGUCUGCAUCUCUCACAUGGAAAGGCAGACCAUUCCAUAAAAAUGUAGCUCUAUAGGAGAAAGCCCUGCCUCCAGCUGUUUGCUUAGAAAUUCUAGGGACAAUAAGGAGGCCUGCGUCUUGUGACCGUAGCGUACAUGUAGGUAUGUACGGCAGAACCAAAUUGGAGAGAUGGGUAGGAGCAAGUCCUUUGUAGGUUAGCAGUAAAAUCUUGAAAUCAGCCCUAGCCAUAACAGCAAGCCAGUAACAUGAUAAUUAUUUUUGGUUCUAGUCAAGAUUCUUGCAGCCGUAUUUGGCAGUAACUGAAGUUUAUUUAGUGCUUUAUCCUGGUAGCCGGAGAGUAGAGCAUUGCAGUAGUCUAAUCUAGAAGUGAUAAAAGCAUGGAUUAACUUUUCUGCAUAAUUUUUGGACAAAACGUUUCUGAUUUAUGCAAUGGUACGAAGAUGGGGGGGGAAGGCUGCUCUUGAAAUAUUUGUUAUAUGUUCGUCAGAAGAGAGCCCAGAGUAACACCGAGGUCCUUCAGUUUUAUUUGAGACUACUGUACAACCAUCAGAUCAAACAGCUGAUCUCUUUGUUUCUUGGGACCUAGAACUAGCAUCUCUGUUUUGUCAGUUUAAAAUAAAAAAAAUGUGCUUCCACCCACUUCCUUAUUUCUGAAACGCAGGCUUCCAGGGUAGGCAAUUCUGGGACUUCACCAUGUGUCAUCGAAAUGUACAGCUGUGUGUCGUCCGUAUAGCAGUGAAAGUUGACAUUGUGUUUCCGAAUGACAUCAUUAAGAGGUAGAGUAUAUAGUGAAAACAAUAGUGGUCCUUAAAUGGAACCUUGAGGAACGCCGAAACUUACCAUUGAUUUGUCAGAGGACGAACUAUCUACAGAGACUAACUGAUAUCUUUCCGACAGAUAAGAUCUAAACCAGGCAAGAACUUGUCCAUGUAGACCAAUUAGGGUUUCCAAUCUCUCCAAAAUAAUGUGGUGAUCGAUGGUGUCAAAAGCGGCAUUAAGGUCUAGGAGCACGAGGACAGAUGCAGAGCCUUGGUCUGAUGCCAUUAAAAGGUAAUUUACCACCUUCAAGAGUGCAGUCUCGGUACCAAGAUGGGGUCUAAAACCAGACUGGAGCGUUUCGUAUACAUUAUUUGUCUUCAGGAAGGCAGUGAGUUGCUGCGCAACAGGUUUUUCAAAAACAAUUGAGAGGAAUGGGAGAUUUUCCAGGUUUGGCUUUUUCAGGAGAGGCUUUAUUACUGCCACUUUUAGUGAGUUUGGUACACAUCCGGAGGAUAGGGAGAAGUUUAUUAUGUUCAAAAUAGAAGGGCCGAGCACAGGAAUUAGCUCAUUCAGUAGUUUAGUUUGAAUAGGGUCCAGUAGGCAGCUGGAAGGUUUACAGGCCAUGGCUAUUUUCGUGAAUGUGUCGAGAGAUACAGGAUUAAUAGGUCCUGGCAGUUCUGUGCAGACUCGGGACAACUGAGUUUUGGAGAAAUACGCACAUUCAAAGUGUCUAAUUUGAUUUCUAAUGAUUAUGAUCUUUGAAUUCAUCACUGCUGAAGUGAAGGACAUCCUCACCUGGGGAAUGCAGCUUUUUAGUUAGCUUUUUGACAGUAUUAAAAAUACAUUUUCUAUUCGUUUUUAUUCUCCUCAAUCAGGUUGGAAAAGUAGCUGAUCGAGCAGCAGUGAGGGCUCUUCCAUAUUGCACGGUACCAGCUAGUCAGAAGACCAUUUCCGUUCCAAUUUUCUGGAAGCUUGCUUCAGGGCUGGUAUUUUCUGUAUACAGGGGAGCUAACUUCUUGUGAAAAAUAUUUUUUGUUUUUAGAGGUGCAACUGCAUCUAGGGUAUUACCCAAGGUUAAAUGUAGAUCCUCGGUUAGGUGGUUAACUGAUUUUUGUACUCCGAUGUCCUUGGGUAGUUGGAGGGAGUCUGGAAGGGCAUCUAGGAAUCUUUGAGUUGUCAUAGAAUUUAUAGCGCAGCUUUUGACAAUCCUUGGUUGGGGUCUGAGCAGAUUAUUUGUUGCGUUUUGAAACCCAAUAAGAUGGUGGUCUGAUAGUCCAGGAUUAUGAGGAAAAACAUUUAGAUCCACAAUAUUUAUUCCACGGGACAAAACUAGAUCCAGGGUAUGACUGUGGCAAUGUGUAUGUCCGGAGACAUGAUGAUAGUGUUUGGGAUGAUGAUAAAGAGAAUGAUGAUGAUGAUGUCUCUCUGUAGAACACACAACAAUCUGUUCCUGCCGGAGAACAUGUGUCGUCUGAGUGAGACGUUCUCCAGGGCCUACGAGGUGAUCGAGGUGGAGAGGAACGUGGUUCUAGGUAAGAGGAACCACACUGGUUCUUCACAGUACUGAUUUAGAAACCCUAUACCACAAGUUGGUACCUGUGGUGUUAACCUGUGGUGUUAACCUGUGGUUAUAAUUUUCCCCCUGAGGGUUAUACCUAGAUAGUUUGUGUAUGUAUUGAUAUGUAGGCUACGUGUGCCUUUUGUGAAGAAAAAAAAAAGAAAUGUAUGUAGUUCUGUCCUUGAGCUGUUGUCUAUUAAUGUUCUGUAUUAUUUCAUGUUUUGUGUGGACCCCAGGAAGAGUAGCUGCUGCUUUUGCAACAGCUAAUGGGGAUCCUAAUAAAAUACCAAAUACUACAAAGCAGGAUCAAUGAGUUAGCCAGCUAACUUGCCUAAAUGUUCGGAAGCACCGAUCUAAGUUUAGCUUUCUUACUGAACAAGAAAAUCUAUAGUUAUUUCUGGUUGUUCAUCAAAGUUAGCUGGCUAACUCAUUGAUUCUUCUUUUAGUAUACACCUCUGAAGGAUAAUAAACCAUGAUUAUUGUGUGUCUUGAACUGUAGGCCUGCCACAGCCAGUCCUGGACAUCUAUGACUCUCCCGUUUAUAAGACUCAUCUAGAGCGCAUGCAGGGUUUCUUCUGUACCCUCUAUGACAACUGGUGAGUUCUUCACUGUGGACAGGCUUCUGCUUCCUCCCCUUCUCUACACACGCACACAACCACACAAUCUCACUCUCUCUUAUCUCCCGAGUGGCGCAGUGGUCUAAGGCACUGCAUCGCAGUGCUAGCUGUGCCACUAGAGAUCCUGGUUUGAAUCCAGGCUCUGUCGUAGCCGGCCGCGACCGGGAGACCCAUGGGGCGGCGCACAAUUGGCCCAGCGUCGUCCAGGGUAGGGGAGGGAAUGGCCGGCAGGGAUGUAGCUCAGUUGGUAGAGCAUGGCGUUUGCAACGCCAGGGUUGUGGGUUCGUUUCCCACGGGGGGCCAGUAUGAAAAAUUAAAAUGUAUGCACUCACUAACUGUAAGUCGCUCUGGAUAAGAGCGUCUGCUAAAUGACAAAACAUUUAAAAAAUGUCUUGCUUACCAACCCCCUCGCUCUUUCUCCGUUUUGACUAGAUGGUAUACAGUUUAUGUCAAAAUUGACUUUUCGUAGCAGGUAAAAUAAUUUACGCAGCAGGUUAGGAGAAUCAACGUAUCAGGUUAGGAGAAUUAGGUUAACAUUAGGAAAAGGGUUAGGAUUAGCUAAAAUGCCAAAGAAAAGCACAUUUUAACGUCAAUUUGACAUAAGAUGUAUGCUCUCAAGACAUUAUUUUAUUUAUUUUUUAUUUCACCUUUAUUUAACCAGGUAAACCAGUUGAGAACAAGUUCUCAUUUACAUCUGCGACCUGGCCAAGAUAAAGCAAAGCAGUGCGAUAAAAAACAACACAGAGUUACAUAUGGGGUAAAACAAAACAAAGUCAAAAAUACAACAGAAAUACAUAUAUACAGUGUGUGCAUAUUUAGCAAGUUAUGGAGGUAAGGCAAUAAAAUAGGCUAUAGUGCAAAAUAAUUACAAUUUAGUAUUAACACUGGAAUGAUGUGCAAGAGAUGAUGUGCAAAUAGAGAUACUGGGGUACAAAUGAGCAAAAUAAAUAACAAUAUAGGGAUGAGGUAGACCUCCUGAGUGGCGCAGUGGUCUAAGGCACUGCAUCGCAGUGCUAACUGUGCCACUAGAGAUCCUGGUUCGAAUCCAGGCUCUGUCGCAGCCGGCCGCGACCGGGAGACUCAUGGGCGGCGCACAAUUGGCCCAGCGUCGUCCAGGGUAGGGGAGGGAAUGGCCGGCAGGGAUGUAGCUCAGUUGAUAGAGCAUGGCGUUUGCAACGCCAGGGUUGUGGGUUCGAUUCCCACGGGGGGCCAGUAUAAAAAAAUAUAUAUAUAUGUAUUCACUAACUGUAAGUCGCUCUGGAUAAGAGCGUCUGCUAAAUGACUAAAAUGUAAAUGUAAAUGUAGUUGGGCGGGCUAAUUUCAGAUGGGCUGUGUACAGGUGCAGUGAUCGGUAAGGUGCUCUGACAACUGAUGCUUAAAGUUAGUGAGGGAGAUAAGUGUCUCCAGCUUCAGAGAUUUUUGCAAUUUGUUCCAGUCAUUGGCAGCAGAGAACUGGAAGGAAUUGCGGCCAAAGGAGGUGUUGGCUUUGGGGAUGACCAGUGAGAUAUACCCGCUGGAGCGCAGACUACGGGUGGGUGUUGCUAUGGUGACCAAUGAGCUAAGAUAAGGCGGGGAUUUGCCUAGCAGUGAUUUAUAGAUGGCCUGGAGCCAGUGGGUUUGGCGACGAAUAUGUAGUGAGGACCAGCCAACAAGAGCGUACAGGUCACAGUGGUGGGUAUUAUAUGGGGCUUUGGAGACAAAACGGAUGGCACUGUGAUAGACAACAUCCAAUUUGCUGAGUAGAGUGUUGGAGGCUAUUUUGUAAAUGACAUCGCCGAAGUCAAGGAUCGGUAGGAUAGUCAGUUUUACGAGGGCAUGUUUGGCAGCAUGAGUGAAGGAGGCUUUGUUGCGAAAUAGGAAACCGAUUCUAGAUUUAACUUUGGAUUGGAGAUUCUUAAUGUGAGUCUGGAAGGAGAGUUUACAGUCUAACCAGACACCUAGAUAUUUGUAGUUGUCCACAUACUCUAGGUCAGACCCGUCUAGAGUAGUGAUUCUAGUCGGGUGGGCGGGUGCAAGCAGCGUUCGGUUGAAGAGCAUGCAUUUAGUUUUACUAGUGUUUAAGAGCAGUUGGAGGCUACUGAAGGAGUGUUGUAUGGAAUUGAAGCUCGUUUGGAGGUUUGUUAACACAGUGUCCAAUGAAGGGCCAGAUGUAUACAAAAUGGUGUCGUCUGCGUAGAGGUGGAUCUGAGAGUCACCAGCAGCAAGAGCGACGUCAUUGAUAUACACAGAGAAAAGAGUUGGCCCAAGAAUUGAACCCUGUGGCACCCCCAUAGAGACUGCCAUAGGUCCAGACAACAGGCCCUCCGAUUUGACACAUUGAACUCUAUCUGAGAAGUAGUUGGUGAACCAGGCGAGGCAGUCAUUUGAGAAACCAAGGCUAUUUAGUCUGCCAAUAAGAAUGCGGUGGUUGACAGAGUCGAAAGCCUUGGCCAGGUCAAUGAAAACGGCUGCACAGUACUGUCUAUUAUCGAUCGCGGUUAUAAUAUCGUUUAGGACCUUGAGCGUGGCUGAAGUGCACCCAUGACCAGCUCGGAAACCGGAUUGCAUAGCGGAGAAGGUACGGUGGGAUUCGAAAUGGUCGGUGAUCUGUUUGUUGACUUGGCUUUCAUGACCCCAGAGAUGGAAGAGGAAUCGAUACAUCCCACUCCAUUUUUUUUCUGGUUCAAUGGAAGUCAAUGAACUAAGCAGACCAGACUCAGCUGCUAUCGCAUUGGUGUCUAUGGGAGAGCCACCCCGUUAAGCAGACCGGAACUGACUAUUUUUUUAAAUGGUAAAUGAUCUAAGUGAAUCAUCUUCAUUCAUCCACCAUCUUUGAUUUUUCUCUCUCUAGUUACCAUAUCCUGGGGAAUGCAGGCCUAUCAUUGCAGCAGGACUUCUACACCAUCGAGGGAUUGGCUGAACAGAUUGUUGGUUCCGCCUUAAUCUCCCUCGACAACGUGCCUGACCACAGACUCCGCCCCAUGCUCCAUAUCCUUCUGUCCAAUCGACCCAUCAGAGCUACCAAUCACAUAGAAGCUCUUGACUAAUUCAAUCAAUCUUAAUUUUUUUCAACCAAAAAAGGAAUCUAAUGUCAUUUCUAGUGAAACAAGUAUCCCUCUUGCAGGUUUUUUGGGUGAUCAAAUACAACCACAUUUUCCACCUAUUGAACAUAGAGAAUGGAGUAAAAUACAUGUAAUCAAGCACACACUGGGGCGUAGUCAUGGCCAUGGAAAAACAUAUUACCCAUCUGGUAAAGCCACUGAUAUUACAUAUCUAUUCAAUCAAUCUGUGCUCCUUAAUGUGUGUGUGUGUACGGGUGUUCCUGAAGCAGUUGGUGCUGUCGUGUCCUCCGGAGUACUACGACAGUCUGCUCUGCCCCCUGCUGGGCCCUCUGUUUGCCUACAUGCUUCAGGUCAGAGCUCACACACUUAUCUCCUUGCUCCUGUGAAGCAAUAUACCAAAAAGGAGAGCUUCUUUGCGUAUAAAAAAAAAACAUUAAGUAAAGUACUUGCGUAACGAAAAAGGUUAACUGUGGAACAACUUCCAAAUAAAUAUACCAAACUCGGAGGCUGAUCAAAAACUCGGAGCGUGCUUAUUUUGGAUGAUCAGUCUUUUUGAUCAACAUAGUUACUAGUAAUCAGUUACCAUAGAGAUGAUAAGAAAUAAUAGGACGGAUCAUAUGACAUUGUCUCUCUUUGUGUUUAUUUGUACAGAGACUCAACAUCAGGUGGCAGAUCAUCAACCAGAGGAGUACUGUCAGGUAAGAUGCGUCCGUCCGUACAUUAGAGCCCUGCACGGUCAUGAAUUUUAAGUCUGAGUCCCACCCAUUCCCGUGAUGUUCAGACCCUACCCUACUGAUUGCUUCUGCCCAAAAUCAGAAAUAACUUCCUUCGUUAGUAUCCAUUAGCUGCUGGUCUCUGCCUGUCCUUCUCCCUGCGCUGCAUGCGUUCUGUAUGCUAGUCUGCCUGUGUGAGUAUCCAUAGCAAUGGCUCCGCCUUGGGCUGCUCGAUGACGAGAUGCGAGAGAGCAGUUAGCUGUUAACUAGCUACUUUUCACCACUCUAAACUCCACAACAUUUUUUAAUUUCUGUGAAAUAAUCUCUCCCGUCGACUCGGACAAUGUUUUGGUCUUAUAUUUGAUGAGGUUGAAGCACUUCUAACACCAUGUUAUGAUCUUAGUAAGAUAUGACCUGAGUCCUAGGACUAUACCUCAGGGCUACCUGGCCUGAUGACUCCUGGCUGUCCCAGUCCACAGGAUCGUGCUGCUGCUCCAGUUUCUGAUGUUCUGCCUGCGGCUAUGGAACCCUGACCUGUUCACCAGACGUGCUACCUUAUCCCGGACCUGCUGUUUCGAUCCUCUCUGCCUCUCUCUAUCGCACCUGCUGUCUUGACCUCGGCUAUGAAAAGCCAACUGACAUUUACUCCUGAGGUGCUGACCUGUUGCACCCUCUAUAACCACUGUGAUUAUUAUUUGACCUUGCUGGCAUCUAUGAACGUUUGAACAUCUUGAAGAACGAUCUGGCCUUAAUAAUAUAAUAAUAAUAUGCCAUUUAGCAGACGCUUUUAUCCAAAGCGACUUACAGUCAUGUGCGCAUACAUUUUUACGUAUGGGUGGUCCCGGGGAUCGAACCCACAACCCUGGCGUUACAAGCGCAAUGCUCUACCAAUUGAGCUACAGAGGACCACCUUAAUGGCCAUGUACUCUUAUAAUCUCCACCGGGCACAGCCAGAUGAGGACCGGCCACCCCUCAGAGCCUGAUUCCUCUCUAGGUUUCUUCCAAGGUUCCUGCCUUUCUAGGGAGUUUUUCAUAGCCACCGUGCUUCUACAUCUGCAUUGCUUGCUGUUUGGGGUUUUAGGCUGGGUUUCUGUAUAGCAGUUUGUGACAUCUGCUGAUGUAAAAAGGGCUUUAUAAAUACAUUUGAUUGAUUGAUGACUGUAGACUACUGCGCAGCAGAGCACGAGCAAAUGGCUCAGCUUCAAAAUGUUACUGAUGCCCGAGCCCUACCCGUACCCUAAUAAUUGAUGAUAAAACUGGCCCUACCCUGUCCUAACCUGAUGGAUAGUGUCGGGGUGGGUCGGGUAGCAGAGCUCAAGCGUGCAUCCCUAUGAAUGCAUUUGAGGGUAAGCACCUCCGCCACACUGACCCUCAACAUGGAGGCCCCUCAGGGGUGCAUGCUUAGUCCCCUCCUGUACUCCGUUCACUCCGUGGCCGCCCAUGACACCAACACCAUUAAGUUUGCACACGACACGACGGUGGUAGGCCUGAUCACCGACGACAAUGAGACAGCCUAUAGGGAGGAGGUCAGAGACCUGGCAGUGUGGUCUCUGACGUCAGCAAGACGAAGGAGCUGAUCGUGGACUACAAGAAACGGAAGGCCGAGCACACCCCCAUCCACAUGGACGGGGCUGUUGUGGAGCAGGUCGAGAGCUUCAAGUUCCUCGGUGUCCACAUCACUAAGGAACUGUCAUGGUCCACACAUCAACACAGUCCCGAAGAGGGCACGACAACGCCCCUUCCCCCUCAGGAGGCUGAAAAGAUGCGUCAUGGGCCCUCAAAAAGUUCUACAGCUGCACCAUUGAGAGUAUCUUGACUUACUGCAUCACCGCUUGGUAUGGCAACUGCUUGUCAUCCGACUGCAAGGCGCUACAGAGGGUAAUGCAUACGGCCCAGUACAUCACUGGGGCUGAGCUCCCUGCCAUCCAGGACCUUUGUACCAGGCGGAUUCAGAGGAAGGCCCUAAACAUUUUCAAAGACAACAGCCACCCAAGUCAUAGGAUGUUCUCUCUGCUACCGCACGGAAAGCAGGACCGAUGCAUCAAGUCUGGAACAAACAGGACCCUGAACAGCUUCUACCCCCAAGCUAUAAGACUGCUAAAGAGUUAACAAAUUGCUACCUGGAAUAUCUGCAUUGAACUAUUUUGCCUCAUCACAUACACUGCAGUUACUGUUUAUUAUCUAUCACGUUGCCUAGUCACUUUAUCCCUACCUAUAUGUACAUAUCUACCAUAUACCCCUGCACAUAGACUCUGUACUGGUACCCCAUGUAUAUAGCCAAGUUAUCGUUACUCAUUGUGUAUUUAUACCUUGGAAUUCUUUUUCUAUUUAUUCCGUUAUUAUUUUUCUGCUAUUUCUCUAUUAUUUUUCUCUACAUUGUUGGGAAGGGACCGUAAGUAAGCAUUUCACUUCGUAAGCAACACCUGUUGUUUACCAAGCAUGUGACAAAUAAAAUGAGAUUUGAUGUGGUCACUUUGAAUGUAUAGGUUUUCUUUCUAUUUCUUUGCUGGUGGUAUGUUGACAAUCUCCCUCCCUCUCCCUCUGUGUGUGUAGUAUGGAGGAGGAUGAGGACGAGGUGUGUGAGGAGAAACAAGUGACCCAGGAGAUGCUGGAGGAACAGCUGGUUCGUCUGGUCACCAGAGAGGUUCUGGACCUGCUCAGUAAGUCCAGACUUUGGGAGAAAGGACAUCUUAUUGGAAUGUAGGGAGCAACUAAGUAGCACUUUAUAUAUAGUUUCUACAUUGAGCGUGUUUUUUUGUCCAGGAGAAAGAAUCUGGUUCCUUGAAACUGGUCCUAUGAAUUUAGUUCUGAUGCACAUCCAGAUUUGAUAGGUUUGGGGUAUGUGGAGUAGAUUAGGUUUGGUGUAUGUGGGGUGGAUUAGGUUUGGGGUAUGUUCGGUCGAUUAGGUUUGGGGUACGUGGGGUGGAUUAAGUUUGGGGUAUGUGGGGUCGAUUUCAGUGUGGCCAUAUUUCCUAACAUUUAUCCUUUCCCCUCAGCUCAUGCCUGCAUACUGAAAAAAGCGCCUGAGCCAGCAGGGAAUAAGGAGGAUGUGGAUGGUAAGUGUUCCCUGAUCCCUUCUUGUUCCCAGAUCCCUUCUUGUUCCCUGAUCCCUACUUGUUCCCAGAUCCCUACUUGUUCCCUGAUCCCUACUUGUUCCCUGAUCCCUACUUGUUCCCUGAUCCCUACUUGUUCCCUGAUCCCUACUUGUUCCCUGAUCCCUACUUGUUCCCAGAUCCCUUCUUGUUCCCUGAUCCCUUCUUGUUCCCUGAUCCCUACUUGUUCCCUGAUCCCUACUUGUUCCCUGAUCCCUACUUGUUCCCUGAUCCCUACUUGUUCCCUGAUCCCUUCUUGUUCCCUGAUCCCUACUUGUUCCCUUGUUUUCAAGGGAAGAAAAGCGUCAUUCAGGGUCCACCCCCUUCUCAUUCUUCCUUUUAUGUCCUAUUGUGUGUAGAUGAGGAGAUGAUGUCCACUGAGUCCCAGGCAGUCACAGCCAAUCCAGCCCAGCCAACAGGCGAAAUGACUGAGCUGGGGAAGUGUCUCCUCAAACACGAGGUCAGCACCACACACACACACACACACACACACACACACACACACACACACACACACACACACACACCAGAGCAUUUGCAGCAGGGGUGUUUAACUCACUCCAUGGAGGACCUAGUGUCUGCUGGUUUUCACUCCUCCCUUGUACCUGAUGGAUGACUAAAAGUCACUAAUUAGUAAGGAACUCCCUUCACCUGGUUGUCUAGGUCUUAAUUGAAAGGAAAAACCUAAAUGAAAAACCCGCAGACACUAGGUCCCUUGUGAAUGGUUUUGACACUUCGUGAUUACGCUCGACCCAUUGACAGGUUCUUAUUUCUUCCUACUUGAGGCACUGAUAGGACUUGUUGCUUCGUCACCUACUUGUUCUGAAGGACCAGUCUGUACCACUUGCACCGCCUCAUUGUCCUCUUACCCUGCUACAGCAGGUACUGUACCCUGCCACAUGGAAAGGUAUGGGUUUCCACUCCUUCCUCAUGUCUGUUCCUUCCCUUGUCCUGACCAGUGUGUUACCCGAUCGCAGACGUAUGUUCCCUGAUCCCGACAGUAGCUGAUUCCCUACCUGCACAGCCAUUGUACUGUACCCUGCUCGCUGAGUGUACUUGUCCUACCCUCUUACGGAGGUCAGCAACCCUGCACGACACGUACUGUUACCCUGCACACACACAGUAGCUGUCCCACUGUUCACAGGACCUACUUGCCACCCUACUUUCGACGCGGUGUGUUACCCUCACACGGACAUGUGCCCUGCUCAAGGUAGCGUUCACUCCCCCCUCUGUUCCCUGCUACGGGAACAGAAGUCACUGAACCUCCUAGACAGUGACUAACCCUGCCACAGCAUGACGGUGGCUGUCCCUCUAACGACAGGACAGACCUACACAUGAACAACACCAGCAACACUAUCCAUUUUACAGCACCACAACCCAUUUCUGACCUCCCUGUUUGCUACUGGUGUUUCGUCCUCAUGUACUAGUGUCUACUUUGGCUCUCUUCACUUCUCCUCUACCUGUUGACUAGUCCUGUACCCCUCCCUGUUCUGUCUAAUUGGCAACCUGUAACUGUCACCGCCCCCCCACACUGGUCCUCUGUGACCCUGCAUCUCUUUACUUCUGUCUCACUCCUACCCAGUGACAGGUCCUACUGUCUCCUCUCUGCUACACCAUCUAUAGCCUGUUCUCCUCACACUGUCGGUAGCUGUCUCCCCCCCUCUUCUGACUUAACUGGUAGCUGUUACCCCCUGCUACGACUGACAGGUAUGCUGUUUACCCUCUCGACAGGACAGGUAGGCUGUUACCCUGCUUACCACGGACGGUAGCUGUACCUCUCUGCUUCGACUGACGUAGGCUUUACCCCCCUGCUCGACAUCGCAGUCUGACCCUCUCUCCGUGCGUCUCUCACAGGCCUCCGCUUACUUCCUUCUGCCUCCCUGCUCCUCUCUUCUUCACAGCUGUCUGCUUGUCUCCCCCCCUCUCUCGUCUGUCGUCUGCACUGUGGCCUCCUCCCCUUCUCUCUCUUUCACUGCCUCUCUCCCUCCUCUCUCUCUUCACUGUCUCUCUCUCUCCCUCCCUCUCUCUCUCACUGUCUGUCUUUUCUCCCUCCUCCCCCUCUUCCUCUUCACUCUCUUCUCUCUCUUCACUGUCUCUCUCCCUCUCUCUUCACUGUCUGUCUCUCUCCCUCCCUCUCUCUUCACUGUCUCCUCUCUCCCUCUCUCUCUUCACUGUCUGUCUCUCUCCUCCCUCUCUCUCUUCACUGUCUGUCUCUCUCCCUCCCUCUCUCUCUUCACUGUCUGCCUCUCUCCCUCCACUCUCUGCCUCUCUCCCUCCACUGUCUGCCUCUCUCCCUCCCUCUCUCUCUUCACUGUCUGCCUCUCUCCCUCCCUCUCUCUCUUCACUGUCUGCCUCUCUCCCUCCCUCCCUCUCUCCACUGUCUGUCUCUCUCCCUCCUCUCUCCCUUCCUCUCCCUCCUCUCCCUCUCUCUCUCUCUUCACUGUCUCUCUCUCUCCCUCCCUCUCUCUCUCCACUGUCUGUCUCUCUCCCUCCCUCUUUACCGUCCCUCUCCUCUCCCUCCCUCUUGUCACCGUCUGACCCUGUCUCCCUUCCUCUCUCUGACAAUGUUCUUCUCUUCAGGUUGUAGGGGGGAACCUUUUGCCAGAGGCGGUCACAUGGUUCUAUGCCAGUGUUCUGAAGGGUCUGCAGAUGCACGGGCAGCACGAGGUCUGUAACUCGGCCCUCACACAACUGGCCCUGGUUAUAUACGAGAACCUGGUGAGUUACACGGUCACUCUCACACAUUCAUUCUCCCUUCCUCCCUCCCUCCCUCUCUUUUUUUCUUCCUCCUAACUCUUCCUUUCCUCCCUCUCUGGGUCAGCGGCCGCGGUACCUGGAGCUAAGGAGUGUGAUGACUCAGAUCCCCAGCAUUAAUCUGGAGGCUCUGGACCAGUACGACCAGCGGCUGCUGGAGCCCAGCUCCGCCCAGAAGGUGGGAGAGAAGAAGAGGAAGGACCAGUUCAAGAAGCUCAUCUCCGGCACCGUGGGGGUAAUACCACCUCCCGCCACUAGAUGGGGGUGUUCUAUUACUAUGUUUUUCUGUUAAAAAGACCUGCAUAGAAGACCUAGAAUAAUUUUAAAAGGAAAUAAUGUCUGAAAUGUGUCGAUUGUGACUGCUGAAAUGGUUAUACUUUAUUGGCGAGUUCUGGCAGUAUUUUUCAUAUAAGUUGAAUUAAAUAGGGCCUGCACACUCAAAUUAUUAUAAGACAACCAUUAAAUCCAAAACAGAUUGUAAACUGUUUUUGAUCUCUCCUCUCCACAGAAAGCGCUUGGCCAGCAGUUUAAAAAGGAGGUACAUAUCCGAAAUCUUCCGUCUCUCUUUAAGAAGCCCAAGCCGGAGAAAAGGGACAUUGUGGAGCCCAGUGAGAGUGGAGCACUAGCAGCUCUCUUCUCCCCAACACGGGACAACAUCUAGGAGAACAUAGCAGCACAGAGAGGCCCUCAGACUGGACUAACACACACACAUACACACACUACAAUCAGCUGUUACAGGACUUUGACUGGACUAACACACACACACACUUUUUCCCCUCCAGUGUAAUUUUGCUCCUGAAGGAUAUGCUCACCAAGGGUAUGACGUCUCUAUCCUAUUGAUCAACAGUAGGAUGAAUGGACUCUACAAACUGUGGACAAAGGGAAUCAGAAUAUUCUGUCAUGGACUGAACCCUGCUAACUGGUCAUAAAUAUUUCUCCAAAUAAUGUGAGGGUCUGUUUGCCUUGAUCAGAAAUAUGGAACAAUAUGUCUGAAGACGAUGAUGGUGGUGAAGAUGAGGGUUAUUGUCCUUAAAGAGGACAUGUCUGUUGCCAUAAACCCUGCAGGUUGUAAAUGGUAACAACACACUGCAUCUAUACAGCUCAUAUCCUCACUAGGACAACACAUUUAGUUUAUAUUGUGUUUUGGUGUCUCCGCUAACAUGGACCAUCCACAUAGGCUCUAAGCAUAGAGAUAGAUCGAGGCUCUGAUUGUUUAUCUAUACCAUUAUAGCGUCUGACAGCAUGGGCAGCGCCAUGGAGGCUACAACCCAUAGGAAUCCC